CCUGCUGAGCUGCAGAAGGUGAGAGACAGGGAGAAGCAGCAGAGACACACACACAAAUAGACAAGCAGUUAGGAAGGGCUGAAACUUAACACACUCAUUCACUCUCACUAAUUCACUCUCACUCAUUCACACACCUUCACUCAGCAUGUUUCGGUGGAUGCUCCCCCAGGCAGUGUGUGUGCUGUCGGCGUGUGUGUGUCUGGUUUUCACGUACGAGGAUGAUUUUGAGGUCAACUACACUGACACCUUCUACAAUGAAAUCGGCGAUGGCGAAACACCAGAACCCACGCCCACUCCAGUCCCUUGCAGUUCUCGGGACCUGACCAAAUGGGACAAACUCUUCUCGAUGCUGGAGAACAGUCAGAUGAGGGAGAACAUGAUGCUGCAGUACGCAGACGACAUCAUCAAGGUGGAGAUGGGGUCGCUGCGCGGGGAAAUGCUCAGGUUUGUAGCCCAGUAUGGCGGUUCCUGUGGGGUUGCGGUGGAGACGGCAGGAAGAAGGAUGGCCCUGCAGCUGGAGGGCCGCCUCAAAGAAACAAUGGAGCGCAUCAAACCCAGAGAUCAGACUUCUGCCAGGAAUUCCGCCGGGACAUCCGACCACCUCGAUGAGAGGCUGCAGCAGCUCCUCUCCGCAACAAUACUACAAGCUACCCGACUCGCCAAGAUGGAGCACAGUUGCCUCAGGAACGGCCCACGAGCUGGGAUGGGGAUGGAUGUUAAGAUGGUAUCCAAGCUCCCAGAGGCAGCAGGGAACGAACACCAGGAGCAACAUGUCCCAUCCCGAGAGGGGGCUCUGGACGGCUUGCUGGCCGCGCUGCAGCAGACGAGGGAGGAACUGGGGGAGGUUCUGAGGUCAUCGAGGCAAAGACAACUACCCGCAGGUUGUGAGAUGGCCCUCCUCUUCCCCAUGCGUUCCCGUCGAAUCUACACCUCCGUGAUUCCUGAAGUCCCUCUGUCCAUCUCCUCCUUCACCGUCUGCAUGUGGGUGAAGCCGACCGCCGUCUCCAACAGAACCGUGCUCUUCUCCUACGGGAACCGCCGCAACCCUUAUGAGAUCCAGCUGCUGCUCGGCCAAUCCUCCGCUCUCUUCACCAUCGGAGGAGAGGCUCACCUGGUGGAGGCUCGGGGGGUGGUGAGUGGAUCAGAGUGGAUCCACCUGUGCGGGGCGUGGACCUCCCAGCAGGGCCUGGCGACGCUGUGGGCGGGCGGGAAAAAGGUGACCUCCACACCUGGGGUCGCCGAAGGACACGUUAUACCCGACGGAGGCUCACUGCAGCUGGGGCAGGAGAGGAACGGCUGCUGCCCUCUGACUCCCAGCGGCGGCAGCGGGGUGGCCGGGUUCGAAGAAGGGUUCGAUCCCAAGCUGGCGUUCGCGGGGAAGAUGACGGGAGUGAACAUGUGGGACAGGGUGCUUUCAGAGGGGGAGAUUACCCAGCUGGCUUUGCGUGAGGGCCAGGGCUGCGAGCAGAGGGGGAACGUGGUGGCGUGGGGGGCGACGGAGAUGGUGCCACACGGAGGCGCUCAGUUCGUCAACUAACAGAUUCACACUCCUCGUGAGGGAUGAAAGAUCACAAUUGUGAAUAUGAGCAACAUCGUAAUAAGCUUUAAUGCUAAAACUCAACAGAGCAUCUAACUGCUUCUAUCACCUCUGUCCCUAUAGUUACAAGUUUUGAUUAUGUUUUUGUUUUUUUCAUCUCAAUUAUCAUAAAUCUAAUGCUGCGAUGGACUUUACUGGACAUGUUCAGAUGAGAGAAAGCUAAUUUAAAGAGGCCCUAUUGUGUUUUAGGGGUUUUUCCCUUUCCUGUUGUGUGUUAUAUAAGUUUGUGUGCAUGUAAAUGGUCUGUAAAGGCUAAUUUCCUAAAAUUCCCUCCAGAGGGAGUUUCUCUCCCACACACUCCCCCACCCCUUCCUGGAGCUACUCCAUUGGACUUCUUUGUUUACUUCCAGAACAUAGUGACAUCACUAUGUAACACUCACGCUUCUAUUGGCUAGCGCUCCAACACAUAGUACGUGAUAGGCUAAGGGGCAGGACAUCUCUAAGCGGUUGACCAAUCACAACAGAGCCAGCCAGCUAACCAAUCAGAGCAGACUGGGCUCUGGU